AUGAAUAUCUCCCAGCCUGUGUCGUCCGCCAUAUCGGGCGUGGAGUUCGGUUUUCUAUCCUCGGCGGAAAUCAAGGCCCUCUCAGUGAAGAGGCUCACAAAUCCGAGCACCUUUGAUACGCUACUACAUCCAGUUCCCGGCGGUCUCUACGAUCCUGCUCUAGGCGCCUUUGGAGACAAACCCUGCGCGACCUGCAACCUUCAGAAGCACCUUUGCCCCGGUCACUGCGGACAUGUCGAACUGCCAGUACGCGUCUAUCACUGUUCCUUCCUUGACCAAGUCCUCCGCCUUCUCCGCGCCAAAUGCGUGUACUGUCACCGCCUGAAGCUACACCCAGUCGAGGUCAACCGCUACAUUUGCAAGCUUCAGCUCCUACAUUAUGGUCUUCUUGCAGAGGCAGAGGAUCUUGAGCAAAUCCAAGUGCUUCCCCGGAGGACAAAAGCGGACAAACAGGGCACUGCCACCAACGGUGCAGAGAGCGAUGACGGCGCACAAGUUGGAGUCGGGAGCGAAGACGAGGAUGAGGAAGGUCAGGGUAGCAGCGCGGUGAUUGAGAAGCGAAACGCCUUCACACGGCGGGCAAUCAAGGAGGCGGGCGGCCGCAGAAGGGGCGAGUGGUCUGCCUCGAAGAUCGAAUCAGUCAGCGAGGAGCGAAGAACCGUCAUCAGGAACUUCUUAGCCGACAUCACAAAAAGCAGGAAGUGUGGUACCUGUAAAGGCAUCUCACCCGCACUGCGAAAAGACAGAUACGUCAAGAUAUUCCGGAAGCCGCUACCUCCGAAGCAAAAGGCAGCUAUGAUUCAGGGUGGAUUCAAAGCUGUGAAUCCCAUAUUUGUUCUGGCUGAGCGACAGCGAGCGGCGCUGAAACAAAAGCCUGUCAAUGGCAUGGUAGAUGAGGGGGUGGCCGACCUUGGUAGUCCACUUUCGGAAGAAGAAAAUGAAGAUGUCGAGAUGUUAGACGUUGACAAUGACGUAGCUGGAGGAAGUGUACUGGCCACCGAAGCUGCUACUUCCAGGACCAAAAAAGCCGAGCCGGACGCGAAGCAGGAAUUCGUUGGCGCGGGUGAAGUCCAUGCUGCACUCACUCUGCUGUUCGAGAAAGAGGCAGAAAUCAUGGGUUUGGUGUAUGGUCCUCGAUCGCGAACAAGAGGCCGCCAAGUCUCUGCGGAUAUGUUUUUCAUCGAUACCUUACUCGUUCCACCCAACAAGUACAGGCCAGAAGCAAAGACAGGCAACGAUGCGAUUGCGGAAAACGCCGACAACUCUCACUACCGGAGAAUCCUUGAGACGUGCGAUACUAUGGCUCAGAUCAACCGGGAGAUGCAAGGUCUUGCGGAGCCGGUAUACCGGAUGCGAGGUUUUGACGACCUUCAGAACGCUUGGAUCAACCUUCAGGACCAAGUCAACUCGCUCAUCGAUCGAGAUAGGAAUCCGAUACAGGGCGCGGCUGGCAAGCGCAACGAAGACGGCAUCAAGCAAAAGCUCGAGAAGAAGGAGGGACUCUUUCGGAAAAACAUGAUGGGAAAGCGUGUCAACUUUGCUGCUCGUAGUGUCAUCUCUCCGGACCCCAACAUUGAGACGAACGAGAUUGGUGUGCCGCCAGUCUUUGCAAAGAAACUCACCUACCCCGAGCCGGUGACGAAUCACAACUUUUACGACCUCAAGGAAGCCGUGAUCAACGGACCGGAUAGAUGGCCCGGCGCUGUGGCAAUUGAGAACGAGAACGGUCAAAUUAUCAAUCUGAAGCUCAAGAACCACGAAGAACGCCAGGCACUAGCUAACCAGCUUCUUGCGCCAUCAAGUACUCAUGUGAACGGUGCUCGCAAUAAGAAGGUGCACAGGCAUCUCACUAACGGCGACGUGGUGAUCAUGAACCGGCAACCGACGCUACACAAGCCGUCGAUGAUGGCACAUCGCGCGAGAGUUCUUCCUGGUGAGAGGACGAUUCGCAUGCACUACGCCAAUUGCAACACCUACAAUGCAGAUUUCGAUGGAGAUGAGAUGAACAUGCACUUUCCGCAGAACGAAGUCGCCAGAGCCGAAGCAGCCACUGUAGCGGACACAGAUCAUCAAUACCUCUCAGGCACCGCUGGAAAGCCGCUAAGAGGUUUGAUCCAGGAUCACAUCUCGAUGGGUGUCGCGCUUACUAACAAGGACACAAUGUUCAACCGGGAGGACUAUCAGCAGCUUUUAUAUGCCUGUCUUAGGCCCGAGAGUAAUCACACCUCUUCCGGUCGGCUGGAGACGCUGAAGCCGGCGAUACUCAAGCCGCAACCGAUGUGGACAGGGAAGCAAGUCAUCAGCACAGUGUUGAUGAACAUCAAGCCAUCAACUCACCCUGGCUUGACGCUUACCUCGAAGUCACAGACGACAGCGGAUCGCUGGGGUAGUAACUCCGAGGAGCAGAUUGUGAUCGUCAAAGAUGGUGAACUGUUGUGCGGAAUCCUCGACAAGUCGCAGAUCGGACCAGCCGGCGGUGGCUUGGUCAAUGCUGUCUACGAGGCCUACGGUCACACUGUUGCUGGCAGGCUUCUCAGCGUCCUGGGUCGGCUACUCACCAAGCUUCUUCACAUGCGCGCUUUCUCGUGCGGUGUUGAGGAUCUGAUCUUGACCGAAGAGGGCGAGCGCAACCGAAAGGAGCAGUUGAAAGACGCUGACAAUGUAGGGUUGAGGGUCGCAGCCAAGUAUGUUUCAGUCGACGACAGAAGUCUCACUUCGAACGAUUCCGAACUGCGAAAGAGGCUUGAGUCUGUCCUAAGGGACGAUACUAAGCAACAAGGUCUGGACCAAGUCAUGAAUAGCUCGACACGGCUGCUAUCCUCUGCAGUCACCAGCGCUUGUCUGCCUGACGGUCUCGUGAAACCCUUCCCGGCAAACCAGAUGCAGGCUAUGACGGGUACUGGUGCAAAGGGCUCCCAAGUCAAUGCCAAUCUCAUUUCUUGCAAUCUCGGUCAACAAGUCUUGGAAGGCCGACGUGUUCCCACGAUGGUCAGCGGAAAGACGCUGCCGUGCUUCAAACCUUUCGAGCCUAGCGUCAGGGCAGGAGGUUACAUCGUCGAUCGAUUCUUGACGGGCAUCCGGCCCCAGGAGUACUACUUCCAUCAUAUGGCGGGCCGAGAGGGCUUGAUUGACACGGCUGUUAAGACCUCCAGCUCCGGUUACCUGCAACGUUGUGUAGUCAAAGGCAUGGAGGGCCUCAAGGUCGAUUACGAUACAUCGGUUCGCGAUGCCGACGGUAGCAUCAUCCAGUUCCUCUACGGAGAGGACGGUCUCGAUGUUACGAAGCAGAAGUAUCUCAACGACUUCAAAUUUCUCGCGGAGAAUUUCCUGAUCACGCACAUGUCGUUGGGUAUCGGCGAGGAAUACGCACACAUCAGGAGUGACGAGGCGAGCGAGUGGAACAAAUCUGCUGUCAAAGCCGUUAGAAAAACUGGCGACCCAGCAGCCAAGGAUCCAGCCUUGUCCGUCUUCGCUCCUUCUAGGUUCGCCGGUAGCACAUCUGAGAAGUUUUACAAUGCCAAGAAGAAGUAUAUUGACGACAACAAGGACAAGCUGAUUGCAGACAAGAGAAAGGGCAUUAAGGGCGCCGAAGGUGUCAAGAAGAAGAACUUUGAAGCCUUACUGGACGUCAAGUACCUCAAGUCGGUAGUGGAAGCUGGUGAGGCCGUAGGCGUCGUUGCGGGACAAUCCGUCGGCGAGCCUUCUACGCAGAUGACGCUGAACACGUUCCAUUUGGCUGGUCACUCCGCGAAGAACGUCACGCUGGGUAUUCCACGUCUUCGUGAGAUUGUCAUGACCGCUAGUGCUAAUAUCCGCACCCCUUCAAUGACGAUUCAUCUCAUCCCCGAAGCUACGAAGGAGGAAGGUGAGAACUUCGCCAAGGGCAUCAGUAGACUCUCUCUUGCGGAGGUCAUCGACAAAGUCUCGGUGAAGGAGCGGAUUGGACGCGGCAUUGCGUAUCAUGAAGCCAAGACUUACAAAAUUCGACUUGACUUCUUCCCAUCCAACGAGUACAUGGAGGAGUACGCCAUUCAGAUCAGAGACGUGGUGAGGGCUCUCGAGCUCAAGUUCCUCCCUCGUCUGCAAAAGCUCACUCGAGCCGAGCUUAAGAAGAAAGGAAACGAGAAGACACUGAAGGCGGCAGCCAAAUCAGAUGCACUACCUGAGAUUGGCAAGUCUGCCGGUCCAAUCGAGCAGGCUCCUUCUCGACCAGAAGCCGAACUGGAAGGCGGAGACGCUGAUCGAGACGAUGAUGGGGAUGACGAUGCGACGAAUGAGAAGCAACGAGAGAACCGGAGCGAGCAAGUGUCUUAUGGUGCCCCAGGCGAAGAAGAGCAAGCCAUUAUUGCUGAAGGACGUAGAGAGCUGUCACCAGACGUUGACAUGGAGGAUGAGGCAUAUGGUGGAAGCGAGGAGGGCACUAGUGGCGAUGAAUCCGAAGCCGAGGACAAACCAGCGAAGGACGACCCCGAAGAACGCGAAUCGCGCAUCAAGCAGCAUAACCAGGACGUCGUGGCCUUCGAGUUCGACGACAAGAGUGGCCAGUGGUGCGAGGUCACCCUCGAGUACUCUGCCGAAACGGCCAAGAUACUGAUGCUUAACCUCGUCGAAACCGCCUGCCGGGAUGCGGUCAUCCAAGCCAUCCCGGGCCUAUCAGCCUGUCUGUACACCACCGACAAAGCCAAGGACCCAGUUACUGAUAAGGAGGUCGAAGUCCCGAUUGUCAUGACCGAAGGCGUCAAUCUCAUCGCCAUGCGAGACGCAGAACUCCAGAACAUCAUCAACCCGAACAAGCUCUUCACGAACGACAUAGCCGCUAUGCUGCGCCUUUACGGCGUCGAAGCGUGUCGCGCCAACAUCGUCCGCGAAAUGCACGCUGUCUUCAGCGGCCACGGUAUCUCUGUCGAUCACCGCCAUCUGAACCUCAUCGCCGACACGAUGACGCGUGGCGGCGGGUACACGGCCUUCAGCCGCAUGGGAUUGAAGAGCAAUGUUAGUCCGUUCAUGAAGAUGAGUUUUGAGACUACGGUGGGCUUCUUGAGGGAUGCGGUGCUGGAGGAGGACUGGGAUGAGCUGAAGAAUCCCAGCGCGAGGAUUGUGAUGGGUAAGAUGAGUAAGGUUGGCACGGGGUCGUUUGAUGUUUUGAUGCCUGUUGCAUGA